AUCCCCACAAACCAAACCAGAGUUCAUAAAUUUUUGGUUUUCUUUCGAGAUUCCCUCAUGAAAUUGAUUUCCUUUUUCGUUCAAAUCUUCUUCUUUUAGUAUUAUUGUAACCCCCCAAGGCUUCAUUCGUUCUCUGUCUCCAUCAAAAAACCCAAAAAGAAAGGAAUUGGAUUGACAUCCAUUCCUUUAUAAUUUCGCAUUUUCCACGCCACAACCUAAUCAGAAUUUGGAUUCCAGGUCGAAUUUCUCCUCUUUCCUUCAGAAAGGCAUCUUUUUUCUCGUUUUUAAUCUUGACCCAAUUCAUUUGUUGUGCUUGUUCUUCGUCUUUUGCGAAGAAUUCGAUUCCUGAUAGCAGCAACAUCGACAAGGAGAAAGACCCAGAAAGCAAAACCAUGAAAAUCCAUCCGUUGCCCAUGAAAAGGAACAUCACCAUCCAGUUUGACGUGAACCCAUCGACGAAUAUGGCCCAAGUGCAGUCCUUUCUCACCGGUGGGUCCCACAAGAAGCUCCGAAGGCUGCCCCAUAUCUUCAGCAGGGUGCUGGUGCUGCCCUUUAGGGCGGACGCGGAGGUGGAGGUGGAAGAGAGGCCGGAGUGCUUCAAGUUUGUGGCGGAGACGGAUGGUAUUAGCGACGUGAGGGCUCAGACGGUGGAAAUCCAUCCUGGGGUCAUCAAGAUUCUGAUUCGCCCUGGCAGUCAUGUUGAUUUUACUUCGCUUGAUGAUUUGGAGUUUGAUAUGUGGCGCUUCCGUCUGCCGGAGUCAACAAAGCCGGAGCUUGCCAGUGCUGUGUAUGAGGAUGGAGAGCUGAUUGUGACGGUGCCAAAGGAUGCUGUCUACGAAGACGUUGGUGGUGGUGAAGGUAAUGGGGAAUUUAGAGGAGGUAUGGGAAACGAUAAUAAUAAUAAUAAUAGGCUCGUUCUUGUACAAUAAUAUAAUCUUGGUUUGCUUCAAUUGCAUGUCGUUUCAAUUUAGCUUGCAAGAACUGUUGUUGCAGAGCUUACAUUUUCUGUACUAAUUUCUCUGUUAUUGAAAUCAAGCAAGAAAUGUUCUGUUCCAUGAUGGCAUGAUAGCAUUUUGGUCUAAUAAACCAUUUUUUGACAU